GUGAUGAGCGUGCUAUGAAAUCGGAUGGCAGGACGAUGAGUAUGGAGGGAGAAUGGAGGGAGACGGGGAAACGGGGGGCGCUUAAAGACGCAUAAAUAGGUGGGCGAGUCCGUGAUAAAUGGGUAAGAACAAGAAAUGAAACUGAAGCUGGAAUUGUUAUCUGGUUUAUGUGGGGUUAUGUCACGCAAACUUGAAAGGCAAAGAAAAGAGACGGGGAGACGGGGAUAUGGACGAGGUGAGAUUAUGAUGUAAAGAUAAGAAAAUAAACACGCCAGAGAAAAAUGAAACAUGGUAUUGUGCGUCCGGUAUAUUGACAGACGCGAGACGUGCUCACUACAGAGCGGAGAGCGUAACAGAACACGGGCGGCGCAGGCGAGCAAAUGGGAGCAAUAAUGGAGCAGGGGAGAGGAUGCGUGUGGACAAGGGCGCGGUGCGAUGCGAUGCGAGGGACAACGUAGCGAUGCGAUGCAGGACUACAGAGACAGCAGACGACAAGACGACGUGCGUGGACAAUUAGGUAGUGGUGGAAGGCGAUGUGUGAGCGGUUCGUGAAAGUGAGGCGUGUGGUCUGAUCAUGGUUGGUGCAUUGUAUGUCGCGCGUCAAAAUACAUUAGUCGUGGUCGUUGUAGUUUCUUCAGCUUGGUCGUCAAGAAGAAACAUGGUGUCGUUGAACGUCCUGCAACGUUUAAGUUGGCUUGGAGUCAAUGCCAGGUGUGUGCGGUGAUCGUGAUCAUGACGAGGGAUUAUUGUUUGAGAUUUUUCUUCUUCCGUCCGUCUGUCUUCUACUGUCCGCAUCGUCCACAUCCUCACGCAGGGAUAAUACUCGCCCUCCUCGCAGCCUUCACCGCCGCUGCCCCUGCCUUGGCACCACCAGCAACCCUGCUCGGCACCGGCGUCCGCUCGUUGCUCGUGCUCGCUACACUCGACUCCAACGUCGCAUUCCCGUUCGCAUUCUCCUUACCCUCACCCCCGCCCUCACCCGCACUCAACGUCGACACCAUGCCCACGCUAGCUCGCUUGCGCGCCGCAGCGCCCUGUGCUGCCGACGCACCAGAGCGGCUCACAGGCGGCGCCGACGCGUCCGAGGGCGAAGCAUCGACACGUCGUCUCUUUCCCAAGAAGGUCAAGUCCAAUCUCCACCUCCAGACUGACAUCCAUGGUUCGUCUUCUUCAUCUCUUAAAUUCAAUGCCUCACUUUCUACCACAGGCUCAUCCUCAACAUCACUUCAAUCCUCAGCAGAACCCCGCGAAUCCGUCGAAUCCAUCGCCUCCCCAAUCUCCCCAGCAGAGUCCAUGACCGCCCAGUUCUCCAACAACCAAUUCCACUCCUCCGUUCGCUCCAUCCUCCGCGACCCCAAGACCCCUGGAUCAGGACAGAAUGUCCGCUUCUUCGCCCGCCAGGGUUCCAAAACGCCCUCUGCCACCAGCGCAGACAACUCUGCCGCCUCUGAUCCUUCCUACUUUUCAUUGGGCUCGCGCGCCCGGUCACGCACUCCUGUCAUGGAGCUCUUCUCACCUCCCAACGAAGGUCGUAGUCAGGAUGCUCAGCGUCCCUCUAAUCCACCUCAGGCGGACAACUCAAAUAUCUUCGACAUGUCACAAAAUGACGUCCCCGCCAUCCCUCAUGCCCCCGAAGACCCCGUUCAGCUUGAAGAGCCUGCUAAUUCCGAUGAACACAAGCAACCCUUCACGUCCACACCUGCUCGUGCGCUACUCGAUGGCAUAAAAGAGCCCUCUGUCUUCAGCCCUCCUCUUCCAGCACAGGACGAGAAGCAAAAGUUCUCUUCUUUGUCUCGUAGCCGAGCCAUGUCCGACUCUGUUUUCUCGCGACUUGCUCGCGUCGCCUCUUCCCACCCACUCGUCGAGGUCGACAACGAUGACACCCAAACCCUGGCAAACGUCAGGUACGGAGCACGGACACCGCCUCCUCUUGCUCCUCCUCCCGGUGACCCAAGCAGUCCACCGGAUCCCUUCCGCGCCAACGCAAACACCUACUACACUCCCGGAUCUAACGUUCCCCCAACACCCCCGCACGCCCUUCAGCGGCACACCUCCAACCCCUCCGGCUCCUCCAGCAGCACCCACUCGCGCAGUGACUCGGGCUCCUCCUCCGCGUCCAACGUCCACUCCCAAAUCAUCUCCCUCCGCACCCAACUCACGCUCCACCAGUCCCUCGUCGCGCAAUACGAAGUCGACCUCGCCGCGCGCGACGAGAUCGUGCACUCGCUUCAGUCCUCGCUCUCUUCCGCCCAGGGCAAGCUCUCGGACGCCGACAAGCGGCGACAGCAAGUCCGCGCGUGGCGCAAGCGCGUCGCGGAGCUUGAGCGCGUCGUGCGUGGGCUCGAGGGCGAGGUUGAGCGCUCGCGCGAGGAGUCGUUUGAGCGCAGCAUCAUGGACGAGGCGAGCGCGGGUGCACUGCGUGCGCUGCAGACGCGCAUAUCGGAGCUGGAGCGCGAGCGCGAGACGAGCUGGCGCGUGUCGGGCGCGUCGUCGAGCGAUGCGAGUGCCAGCGCCAGCGCGAGCACGGGGCGACGGAGCGUGCUCAGCACCAGCGACGCGCACACGGACACGCGGGAGGUCGAGGAGCUGUUGACGGUGCUCGCGGCGAAAGACGAGGAGAUCGCGCGGCUGCGGAGCCAGACGCUCGAGCAGACGGCGGAGGUGACGGAUAUGAUCAGCUCGAGCGUGUACGCCGACGCGCGCUCGCGUUCGCGCUCCGUCGAAUCGCUGCAUCCGCUAAACUCCUCCGCCGAGACGGAGCUCGAGCACGCGCGCGCGGAGCUCGAUGCCGCCAGGCGGGAACUCGCGCGGCUGCAGGACGAGCGCGAGUCUCUGCACCACGACUUCAGCGCCGUGCAACGUGCGCACGACGCGCUCACGCACGAGCACGGCAUGCUGCGCGCGGAGCUCGAGGCGCAGUGGGCACACACGGAGCAGAUGGGUGCGCAGAUUGCGGGGCUGCGGGGGGAGCGCGACGCGGCGCUCGGCGAGAAGGACGCGUUCGCCGCCGCGAACGAGGCGCUGGCGCAGAAGAAGAGUGUGUUGGCUGCUGAGGUGGAGGCGCUGCGCGCGGCGAGCGGGGAUAGUGCUGAGCUUGCGAGGAGGAAUGGGGAGCUCGAGGAGCUGCGUGUGGUGCUUGAGGCGCGUAUUUUGGAGAUUGAGGAGGGGUGGGUGACCAGUCAGAAUGAGCGGUUGCAUCUCGAGAGCGAGCGUGACGAGCUCACCAAACAACUCGAGGACGCCCACUCCCAGAUCGACGAUCUCACCACCGCGCUGCAAGACCACUCGGAAAAGCUCUCCGACCUCGAGUCGGAGAAACUGAUGCUUCUGAACAACUACGCCCACAUCGAGUCCACAGUCGACGAGCGCAACACCGAGAUCAGCACCCUCCAGACGCGGGUCCGCAACACCGAAUCCGAAGCCGAGUCCCUCCGCGCACAGCUCUCCGCCGUCUCGCGCGAACACACGCGCGUCGCAGACGAGCAGUCGCGGCAGAUCGCGGAGCUCGCCGCGCGCGAGUCGGGCGUGCGCGCGCAGCUCGAGGCGUUGCUCCGCACCGGAGCCGAGAAGGAGGGGCAGGAGGGCGAGGAGCUCGGCCGCGCGCGCAGGCGCGUGCGCGAACUCGAGAAGGCGAGCGCGGACAGGGAGUUUGAGGUGAUCCAGCUGCAGCGCGCGAACCAAAAGUGCAAGGAGGACGCGGAGGGGAUGAAUAUCGCGUUGGACUCGAAGCAGCAGGAGCUUGAGCUGCUUAAACGCCGUAUGGGUGUCCGCGGAACAGCCGGGACCACGCCCGCGCCCGCCAAGAUCGCGUCCCGGCGCGAGUCUUUUGCGCCCUCGUCAGUUGCCAGCACCCCGUUCAUCCGCCCGGGCUCCGCCAUGUCGACCACAUCGGAGACGCCCAGCGUCCGCGCGGGCGCACUCGCAACGAGCAAGCGCGUCAACGGCGCUCUUGCCGCUGCCGCUGCCACCAAGGGCUCGACAGCUGCCAAGCGCUCUACAGCCCCUACACGCGCAUCGCAGGCGCAGGCACAAGCUGCCACCGCCGCGGUACAGCGUUCAACCGGCGCCGGCCCACGCGCCAAGUCCCCUGGUGUCGGCGUAGGCACAAGCGCGGGUGCAGCGUCGCGCCGUGUGUCGUUCGAACCGAAUGCUUCUUCUGACGAGUUUGCGUUGGAGAGGAUGGAGAGACGUUUCUUGAGAGCUUUGGGCUUCCUAGUCGGGGAUAGUAGGCCAUCUGGAGACGAGACACUGCCGUUGUGA